AAACCACGAUUAAAGCGCUUAUUGAAACCACGCUUGGGAUCUAAACGUUACCCGCUUCUCCGGAUUCUCCACACACCAUCACUUUUUUUUCCCCCGAUCUGCACAGCAAUGGAAGGCGAAGAAGAAGGUAACCAAGCCUCCACCGAAACCCUAGACGACCCACCAGCCCCCGCCCUAGCCCCCGCCGCGCACCCCAAACACGCCGCCAUGCUCGAACGCCUCUCCAACCGCCACCUGCAGUCGCUCUCUCGCCAGCCCGAUCCCACCUCUCUCGACUCCACUCACUCCUUCCUCUCUCUCUUCUCUCAAUCCAAACUUUCCAUCGAGUCCAACAUCUCCCUCCUCCGUCGCCAGUCCACCGACCAAACCAACCCCGCUCUCAAAUCCAACCUCGAGAAGAUCUCCACCUCGAUCUCCCACCUCGAGAAGCUCGUCGCCGAAAACUCCUACUCCCUGCCCUCCUUCGAAGUCCGAACCUGUCUCGAAGCCGUCUCGAGCCUCAAACAAACCCUAGAUACCCUCGCUUCUGAUAUAGUCCCCAAAAAACGGUUCUCUUUUAGAAACAAGAAGGAUCCUAGUAGCGUUGUUAACGCAAUUGAAUCCGGAAAAACCGAAUUUCACGGUUCGGGGGAACCGAGUUGUACGGUUGGGGUCUUGCUGGGGUUUAAGGAUAGGGAAAAGAAGGCUCCUAGUAGUGUUGUGAACGUAAUCGAAUCUGAAUCUCGGGUGACUGAGUUGGAGGAAAAACCGAGUUUUAGGGUUUGGGACUCGCCGGGGUUUAAGGACAGGGAAAAUGAGGUUUUGGUGAGGGAAUUUAAUGGGUUGGAAAUGGGGGAAUUUUCGUUAACGGGGUUGAGUUCGUGUGAGGUGCGAUUGACUGGUUGUUUGAGGGCGCUGUUCGUUCACAAGUUGAGGGAUUGUAAGGUGUAUGUGGGGCCGGUGUUUGGUUCGGUUCUGAUUGAGGAAGUGGAGGGGUGCGUGUUUGUGUUGGCGUCGCAUCAGAUUAGGAUUCAUCGUGCUAGGGGAAGUGAUUUUUACCUGAGGGUAAGGAGCAGGCCGAUAAUUGAGGACUGUAGUGGUGUGAGGUUUGCACCGUAUUGUUUGGGGUAUGAUGGGAUUGAGAGGGAUCUGAAAGAGUCAAAUCUUGAUGAGGAGACGGGGAAUUGGGCAAAUGUGGAUGAUUUUCGGUGGUUGAAAGCUGCGCAGUCUCCGAAUUGGUCGAUUUUGCCGGAAAGUGAGUGGAUUGGCAGAGUAACUAUUAUGGAAAGACUACAUCUUUUUGCUUUAACUCGUUGGAAGAUUUCUGGCUCGUCUACUGUUUGGGGUUUGGCCAAGUGAGCAUGAGAAAGCAAACAAUGUGUUUGCCCUCCAUGAGGUUGCAUGUUCGAAUCCUACGGAGGUCAAACAUUCCAAACCUUGGGGCCACUGAAGGGUUUGCCUAGUCAUUACCUUUAGGGCUCCGGAAUUAGUCGAGGUGUGCGCAAGCUGGCCCGAACAUUCAGUUAUCAGGAAAAAGAAAGAAAGAAUCAAUGUGUGAAUGAAAACUUCCCAAUGCGAACGGAAGUCAUAUGUCAGGUUGGUAAUGUUUCUGGUUGUCUGAGACUGAGACCCUGCUGUUCUCUCUAAACAAAUGAUUUAAAUCUUGAAUAAGACUGUCAACUAAGCAAAGAUUAUAUCAACUUGCAUUAUUUAUUUGUAUAGGAUAAUAUAUAAUGGUUAACUAUCAAACUCAUUGUCUUUCAUUGUCCUUAGCUGUUAAACCUGAUGUCAUUGCCGAUAGAAGUUAAGCCAACAAAUAAGAAGGUAGUGGUUGGUUCCUAAAACAAUGAUUUAGUAGAGCACAAAUGUUUGAUACAGGUUUUGUUUAUGUUUUAGCGUACAUACAUUAACCCAGUGUGUAUCAUUUUAUAAUGUAUUGCUCCCUGAUUGUAUAUGUACUAAGUGAUAAACUAUUCCUAGUCCCUGAUGCUGGUUAUAACGGUUGGGAAAACUGGGCAUCGGUUUAGUCAUACAAAAUGAGGAGUCAUUGAGAAGGUUUGAACAUUGUUUCUUUUUGAAAUUUUAUUGAUGACCAUUUGUCCAAGUUUGGUUAGAGAAGAAAUCAAGUUCUAGACUAGUCUUCAUGACAUAACAAGAAGAUUUUUAGAUGCCACCAGUUGAUGCCGAGGUUUUGAAUCGUCGUAUCGGGACAUGUACUAGUGUCCCUGAUAUGGCAGGGAUAAAACCAGAAUUUUAACCUAUGAAUGGCGGGUCUAUAAUGUCCCUGAAUAAACUAAGUACUUGUACUGUAAGCAUGUUUUCACAAAGUGGUAGGGGUGCGACCGUUGUCACUUAUCCCUGUGGUUCUUUCCUUGGAUACAGUAAUGUGUAGGCCAAUAUUGCAAAAACAUGAUUGAAGGCCUGAGAUCUUGACAAGUAUGAAUACGUACGUAUUGUAUCGGCCGUUUUGAAGCCUUGUGUAGUAUAUAUCAUCCAUCGGCCAGGGGAUAUCUUUUUUCUUGCCUCCUGAUCAACUAGUAUACCUCAAUAUAUUGUUUAGAGUGGAAAUAUCAUAUUGUGCAUUUGCCGCCUAUUACUCUUGAACUGUCUUGGAAUUUUACGAAAUUCAUGACUUUGAUUCUUGAUACCUAUUGCUCAAUACUCGACAUUAUGAUACAGUACCCAGUAUAGUUGGUAUCUCAGACUGAGCUCAACACCUCACAUGCUCUCUAACUAUUGCAACGGCCUUGUGGGUAGAUAUAAGCUACACACCGCUCCCCCAUAUCAGCUAUGCACCCAUCUUAGAUACCAUCCAUGCUAGGUACUGUAUCAUAUUAUUGAACAGUAACAGAUGCUGAUUUGUUCUCCGAUAAAUAUUCAAAAUGAAUACCAAAAGAGUUACUAUGUGAUUCUUUGGGUUUAACUGCAAGUGCAGACCAUUAGGCGCCGUUCAAAAAAGAAAAGAAAAAAAAGACCACUAGGCUGCUAACUUUGAGUGCUGUAAUAUAAAAGGAACCUCUUUUGACAUUUCACUGUCAUUUGAACUGGUAAAGAUACGAUGAAAUUAGCAUAGAUUUUCCCCUGUCCCCACACAUUUUAAUUAUUCAAAUGUCAAUUAGGGUUGUUGGGCUAUUUGUUGUUGAGAAGGGUGAAGUUGGAAUUUUGCUCUACAUUAUGAUCACCAAUUAAUACUCUUCACGUGUACGAGAUGAAAAUAGUAGUAUUUCUUAGUACAGUGUUUAGUAUCUUUGGUGGGCUCUUUGUUGCUGUAUUUAAUAGUGUAAUGCUGCCCUUAAUUUGCAAUUGUUUAAUAAAGUUCCUAAUGAUGCCCAGUGCAACUGUCAGUGUCACACAUAAGGCUGUAAAUUAAUUGAGCAGUUUGUGAAUUGUUCGAAGCUCGACUUGAUAAAUGUUCGUUUGUGUUUAAUUUGUCUACUUAAUGAACAAAAUCUAAGCCUCAAUCAUAGGCACGUUUAAUGAACGAG